CGUGCCGUCACGCUACGCCGUCUUUAAACAGACUGCUCUGGACUGCUCCGAGCCGAGCGACUAUCACGAUCACGCGGUCGCAAAGUAGUAAGUAUACCCGGCUAGCGAGUAACGCGUAGGAGUUCACGUCCCUGAGUGUGCGAGAGAGACGGGUCGUCGGUGUGGGAGGGAGCGAGACACCGAUAGGACGCUAGCUACUACACUCGCCACGGUGCUGGCUGCUACGGUGGUAGUGAAUGGAACGCGGUAUGCCGCACGUCCUCGCGUAGUACAACGCUCCGAACGCUCCGCGGGUGCCGCGCCACCAAUGGCCAGCGAGUACGGGCGGUCACGUGACGCGCGUGCCGAGCCAGCAGUAGAACAUUGCAAAUGACAAGACGCGUAGAGCAUUGUCGUCGCGCUGCCGUUGCCGCCGUCGUCGCCGUCGCCGUCGACCUAUCGUACUUCUCGGGAAUACCUCCGGCCGUCGCGCAGAAAAUCAUCCCCUUGGUAAUAGCGCUUAGCGCAGGUGCCUCCACGUCGGGACGCCAGGCGUCCCUGAAGCAGUCCGUAGUCGUAAUCGGUUGCGCGCGCGACUCAUCAGGAGCUCCCGCGCCCUGAGAGAAAGAGCGGCCGCCAGCCAAGGAGGAAGCCGCCAGGUGCGCGUCCGGUUCGGUCCGCGCGUGCGGAUCCGCGAUUCGUCGUCGUCGUCACCAUCGCCGUCGUCGUCGACACCGUUGUCGUUACGUGAAAGUGAAGAGAAGAUGUCGAGCUCGCAGCGUAUGCGAAAAUCCUCGCCAUGCUCGAAGCAGGGCCCGAUGCGCGCCACCCUGCCCGUGAGCUCGCUGAUGAGACAGGGCCGGCAGAGCAGCAGCCUCCGCAAGAGCAACAGCAACAGUCCCACCGUCUCGCCGACGAACGCGGCCGUCUGGCGGGCGCGCAUCUCGCCGGAGACGUCGUCUUCCUCGGGACAGCGGAGCCCCGGAUCCCUGUCCUACAAAGGUACGAUCACCCCCCCCCCCUCUCCCCCUCCCCUCCUUCUGUGGACUUGUUCUUUGUGCUCCCAGAGCAUUCGACGGACAGCAUCUCUAGAUACUAUCUAUUUGAAAGGGCAAUGGCCACGUGACUCCUAUUACAUGCAUUCCAGUCUUCUGGUAGAUAAAUCCACUCAGACGGAAGAAUGUUCCAAUGAGCCAAGAAAAAUGCAUACUCGUCAUCCCACAGAACAAACUGUCACUGAUGAGAAAUUGGAGAAGAAUUACUUCAGGCAUCGAUUACAACGUACAAAUAAGGAAGGUACUAGCAGUAGAGAGCGAACAGCGGCAUUCGGGCUAAUAAUGCCAGGUGGCCCACCACCCGCACUUCCUGGAGAUCAUUCGGUACUUUUGCCCAGUAUUGCUUCACAGACAUCCAUGCACAAUCAAUUUAGUUUGAGUACAAAAGCAAGUCCCAUGAAUAUCCCAGUAAAACCAAUAAGGCCUCCAAUGCGUUCAUCUAUCGAAGGACUCAAUCAGGAAAUAGAAGGACUUGUGCUCAAAAAUACAGCCAAUAACAGUGAUGCAGACCAUCCAGUAGAAGACAAGUAUGCACGAUAUCGCGAGCAAAUCACACCCGAAGGACAUCGCGCCCCUCUAGCAGACUUAUUGCGGGCUACUCGGAGUGUCAACACACAAACACCGGCUACUGACCUUCCCUCCAGUUCUUAUUCUUCAGGCCCUCCAUCUAGGAAUUCUGAGUCUCCGCUGAUUCCUGGUGUUAUGGAUGCAUCCCGUCCGCCUAGCGAUCUCUUACAAGGUGGAAGCCGUGGUUCAACACCUGAACAAGAUAGAGAAGGACGUCUCGGCACUUCUCCUCACAUUAACAGGUUCCUCGCGAGGGAGCCGCCCGAUGGCUGUGAGAAAGUCAACCUCAAAUUUGUGGAAGAUGCGAGGCGGCCCAUGAUAGAUUUGAGCAAACUAGAUUAUUGUCCAAAGCCGUGCGUUCCAGCAUUCCAGUUGAAACCCAGCUUGGGAUCAGCGUUCCUGCCAUUGCAACAGCCGGCCAGUCCGACAAUGGUCGCCAGUGCAUCACCCUCCGUGCAUACAACACCGACCACACCUCCUCCAAAUCCAUAGUCCCACUCUUUACCUUGCGGUGUUACACUUAUAAGCUCGAUUAGUAUAUAUACAUAUAUAUAUUUUUUUUUAACGAUCUUGUGGGUAGAAAGUGAUUUACUUCGAGAUAAAAGCAUAUAACGACAAAGAAAAGUUACCGAACAAAAGAAAAAGAACAGCCUGUUCCCAGUGCGCCCCGUGCGAAUAUCGUGUGGGUUUGUGAAUUGUGUAAUUAAAAGGAAGUUGCAAUUGCAUCGAUAAAAAAAGAAGUAUUGGAAGACAUUUGAGCUCCGUUCUAAUGAUUGAAACAAUAAUAAAUACGAGGAACAAUAAUUUGUGAUAACUAAAAGGAAAAAAAAACAAAAAGAAAAGAAACGACAAAAAGUUUAGAAAUGAACAUUGUGUUCUACAGGGAAAAAAAGACUAAUGAAAUUGUGUAUUCUAAAUUUAGUGCUAAAAUGUGCUAAACAACUUUAGUUUUGUAUACACGAAUAAAUAUUCAAGAUGAGAAAAGGUAUUAAAUUUCAUUGUUGGAAUAAACAAAAUUCUACGGAUACAAAGAAGAGAGCACAUGUUCACAAUAUAUAUAUGCAUAUGCACGCAUAUGUAUAUAUGUAUUGCUAAUUGUCUCUGAUGUUUAUUAGAUUUUCAUUGCUUGAAGUAACUUAAUUACAUAGUGACAGAGAUGAAUCACUUGUUAGAAUUUUGUAUCGUUUUGUAUUAUUACUUUUUUGUAUGCUAAAAAUAUUCUCAAACUAUUAUUGUACAAGGAGCUAAAAAAUAAUGUAUCCUUUUGUGUGUGUAUGUAUGUGUGCGCGCGCGUGUUUCUUUGUUUUACAGAAGUGGCUUUAUGAGAACGAUUGUUUUCAACGAGCAAUCGAUUGUCGUGUAAAUUUAUUUGGAGCUACAUAUAAAUACGUUUAUGGAUCUAUUUUUGACAAAUAGAAUUAAGCAAACUGCACAUUUUAAAACAUUAUUAAAAUUGAAUUUAAUAUUUUAGAGUAUUUUAUACUUAUUUGGAAUUGUGGAUGUUUUAUUCUCUUCUAUUCUAUCUUGCGACGAUACCAUAUGAUUACAAUGUUUUUAUUUAUCAUAUUUUAUAUUACAUUGCAAUCUGAAUAUGUACAACCAAUACAAGUGACAGGUUGAUGAAUGUAUGAUGGAACGAGACAUAAGAAUGGACAUGUAUCGAGAUAGAAACGAUGACGAUAAUACUAAACAUUGAUUCACAUGUGCUUUCGCUAUGGUAUCAGAUGAGUAAAAACAGCUCCCUAAUCUGGCGCGGAAGAUAAGUGUGCCUGUUUUGUAUAGACGUGGAUGAUUAUCCUAAAAACAUAACCUACGUCUUAUACAAGUAUGCGUGUGUUGUAAUAUCGAAAUCCUGAUUAAGCCAUUCACACGAAUAACUUUAGAAAGGAAUCGAUACAAUAAAAUCAAUUUCAGCACGUAAAAUAUUUGCUCAAACGCAGUUCGACUAUUAAUCUUUAUGUUAUAUUAAAUAAUUAGCGAUUCAGGUAAAAAAAGGAAACUUGCUUUAAUUGUCAUCGAAGACACUUAUCGCAUUAUUAAUAGAAAUUUAAAAAAUAAUAAAGAUUGUUACAUAAA